UUUGUUUUUGGUUGGCCAUCUGAUCUUUGGUAUCGAGCGAAGUCAGAUGUUGACGAAAGUUUGCAGUGGCAUGUCAUAGUUUAGUUUCCCUGUAAACCUGCGUUGUUGGAAAGCAUUCUAAAAUUGCUGCAUGUUGUUUUUUUUCUCAGGAUUGAUGUGGAUUCACGUUUUUCUCACAAUCCCCAUUAAUAACCACUAAUGAUUCAUCUUCUUCUGAUCUCAAUCCUAGAAGACUGAAGUGUUAAUUCAACUAUUAUUGUAGCCGAGUGAUGAUUAAGGCUGAAAUAAAAAUCUGGUUUGCAGCAGAAUCCCAAACCGUGACCUGUGAGCUAUGUGUUGCGAACCGAAUGUUAAUCAGGUAGUUAUUUCACUGCAGUUAUCACGUACAAUACCCAACUGUGUUGUUGUUAGGUGAAUAAAUGAAUAGUACGUUACUGUCCGUUUGAGAACACCACACUAGUUGUCCAUCUACUUGACAGCCGACCACUUACGCGGGAUAACUGCAAUAAAACUGUGGUUAACAGUUACGUUUUCUGAUUGUCAGUGCCUUCUAAUCAUAAUGACUCAACACGUUAGUUGAGUUGACCGAGUUAACAUUUGGCGUACUUUCAUUAAUACAAGGUUGUACAACAUGAUGAUAUCUGUUUUUUCUGGUUUUGUGACUAUCGCUGGAAUCCAGGAUGCGCAUGUCGUCCUAAAUAGGAUUUAUGAACUUACCGGAUGAUCAAGAGGCUAUGGAUUUUGUGGCAUCCGCUGCUGUCAUUCGUUCACAAGUGUUCCACUUACCUGGUGCUGAUCAACUCACUCGAUUUACAAUCAAAUCUUUAGCCGGGAAUAUCAUUCCUGCGGUGGCGUCUACAAAUGCAAUAGUCGCUGGGCUAAUGGUACUUCAAGCCAGACAUAUUUUAUCUAAACAUUACGAGCGUGUACGCACCGUCUACCUCCAUCGUCAACCAACUGGUCGUCGUGGUAAUCGUCGCCUUGUUGUCCCAGUGAAACCUGCACCACCAAAUCCCUCUUGUCUGGUGUGUAGUGAUACAAUCAAAAAUUCCCAGCUACGCUUAGUCUGUGCACCAGAAAUGCUCACCCUGCGUAUUCUACGUGAUCGUAUUCUAAUCCGACAUUUAGGCAUGUUAGCGCCAGAUGUAGAACUGUCUGAUCGUGGUGUUAUUUUGAUAUCAAGUGAAGAGGGUGAAACAGACGAAGAUACAUUGAAUAAAACUCUUGGUGAGUUCAAUGUCACUCAGGACACAUGUUUGCAGUGUGAUGACUUUCGUCAAGACUUCACUGUGCGCCUUAUUGUAUCUUGUGCUAGUCCAGAGUUAGCAAAUGCACUGCCAAACAAUUUAUCGUCAUCAAACAACAGUCUACCUAUACAACAACAGCAGCUCGAUAGUGAUGAUCAGUUUGAACAAUGGCGUAUUUUAGGCAAUGUGGAUUCAGUGCUAACAAGUGUCAAAGGCAGUAAUAGCAAUAAUUCAGCAGCAUCAUCGUCCAUACCUGAAGAAAUUAUGAUAAUGAAUGGAAAUGUAGCUAAGCACGAAGGUAAUGAAAAGAAAAUGUUUUUAAAGUUUCCCCCAAACAUCUUGGUAAAUAAAAAUUGUUUAGAGUUAUAG